AUGCGAGGAGAGAUCUGCCACCUUCACAUCGGCCAAGCUGGCACCCAGCUUGGUAACAGCGCUUGGGAGCUGUACCUCCUCGAGCAUGGUCUCUUGCCUGAUGGUCGCCCCAACCCCGAUGCGAAGGAACUCGGCGAGGGCGGAUCCUACGAGACCUUCUUCACAGAGACUGGCAGCGGCAAAUACGUCCCCCGUUCCAUCUUCGUCGACUUGGACCCUUCUCCCAUCGACGAAAUCCGAACUGGUGCCUACCGCCAACUCUUCCACCCUGAGCUGUUGAUCAGCGGCAAGGAAGAUGCUGCUAACAACUAUGCGCGUGGUCACUACACCAUCGGCAAGGAGAUGGUCGACAGCGUAAUUGAGAAGAUCCGUCGCGUCGCUGGUUUUCUCAUUUUCCACUCUUUCGGUGGUGGUACCGGUUCCGGAUUCGGUGCUCUUCUCCUUGAGCGCCUCUCGACCGACUACGGCAAGAAGUGCAAGCUCGAAUUCGCUGUGUACCCUGCUCCUCGCGUUUCCACCUCCGUUGUCGAGCCCUACAACGCUGUCCUCUCGACUCACAGCACCAUUGAGAACUCCGACUGCACAUUCUUGGUUGACAACGAGGCCGUGUACGACAUCUGCCGUCGCAGCUUGGAUAUUCCCCGUCCCAACUACGAGCAUCUGAACCGUCUGAUCGCUCAGGUUGUCAGCUCCAUCACCUCCAGUCUGCGCUUCGACGGUGCGCUCAACGUUGAUCUGAACGAGUUCCAGACCAACCUUGUGCCAUACCCUCGUAUUCACUACCCGCUCAUCAGUUACGCUCCGGUCAUCUCAGCCAAGAAGAGCUCCCACGAGAGCUUCAAGGUCUCCGACCUCACCUUCCAGUGCUUUGAGCCCAACAACCAGAUGGUCGUCUGCGACCCACGCAACGGCAAGUACAUGGCUGUCGCGCUCCUGUACCGUGGUGACAUUGUUCCCCGCGACUGCAGUGCUGCAGCCGGUGCUCUCAAGGCCAAGUCAUCCUUCAACUUGGUUGAGUGGUGCCCGACUGGCUUCAAGCUUGGAAUCAACUACACAAAGCCCAUCAGCGUCCCCGGUAGCGAGCUCUCGUCCGUCGACCGAAGUGUUGCCAUGCUUAGCAACACCACUGCCAUCGCCGAAGCGUGGUCCCGCUUGGACCACAAGUUCGAUCUCAUGUACUCGAAGCGCGCUUUCGUGCACUGGUACGUGGGUGAGGGUAUGGAGGAAGGAGAGUUCUCCGAGGCCCGUGAGGACUUGGCUGCGCUGGAAAAGGACUACGAAGAGGUUGCCAGCGACUCGCUUGAUGACGAGGGCAUUGAGGAGGGCGAGUACUAAAUUUUGUAAUUGCGUUCGGGACCAUGCUUUGGGGACACUUUUGAGCUUGCUACGACAGGCUGUGUGGGUGCGAUAGAACUGGUCGCAGUCACUAUCUUUUGAUAGGGUCAACAUGUUUAAGUGGAAAACUAUUUUGUCAUUCAAUUUACUCUAUACCUUUCGA